AUGGCUGAGAGCGAAGACGUCAACGAGAAGGCGGAGCGCGCUGCUUCGUCGUCCGAUGCGUCGCUGAAGCUGUAUGACGAGUAUGAUACGCCGGAGGAUCGCAAGCUCAUGAGGAAGGUCGACUGGCGAUUGAUGCCGAUCCUCACUCUCCUGUACCUCCUCAGCUUUUUGGACCGAUCGAACGUCGGGAACGCAAAGAUUGACGGAUUGACAACUGACAUACAUGUCUCCAACCCGGCAUACAAUACCUCACUGGCGUUGUACUUCAUCGCCUACGUGACCUUCGAGGUCCCAGCAAACAUCAUUCUGAAGCGACUGAAUCCGCAAGUCUGGCUGCCAACGCUCACCUUGGUUUGGGGCAUCGUGUCGAUGUGCCAGGGCUUCGUCAAGACUCAAGGCAGCCUGUUCGGUAUACGAUACUUAUUGGGCGCAACCGAAGCCGGCCUCUUUCCCGGCGUCGUCUACGUCUUCUCCGUGUAUUACCUGAGACGCGAACGGCACUGGCGCGUGGCGCUCUUCUUUGGCGGUGCGGCACUAGCAGGAGCCUUCGGAGGUGUCCUAGCGUACUGCAUAGGUCUCAUGGACGGUGUAUCCGGUCUGCGCGGGUGGCAAUGGAUCUUCAUCCUCGAAGGCCUGAUCACCAUCGUAUUCUCCUUCGCCGCGUACUUCUGGGUCCCCACCUGGUCCGACCGCGCCACGUUCCUGACUGAAGAUGAGCGUGCGCGCCUGUUGGCACGUCUCGCGUCAGACUCGGACGCGGGCAAGCAGGAGAGGUUCUCGUGGCACGGCGUGCGACAAGCGUUUACCGAUCCGCUGGUCUAUGGCUACUGCUUCCUCUUCCACGGAUAUGCUUUCGCGCUGUAUACCCUCAGUCUUUUCACGCCCACGAUCAUCGCCGCACUCGGAUUCGCAACCUGGAAAGCGCAACUGAUGACCGUUCCACCAAACGCUCUCGCCGCCAUGGGCAUCGCCUUCGGCGCCUGGCUCGCCGCCAAAACCGGCCGCCGCGCCAUCUUCAUCAUCGGCUCCGGCGUCAUCGCCAUCAUCGGCUACAUCAUCCUAGCGACCACCUCCCACGCAGGUCCUCAAUACGUCGGCGUUCUCCUCGCCUCCUUAGGCGUUUACACCGGCAACGCUCUCCUCCUGAGCUGGCCCUCCGAGAACGUCUCGGGCCAAACCAAACGUGCUGUCGCAGUCGCAAUGCAGAUCACCAUCGGCGAUCUGGGCGCUGUGACCGGCGUACUGAUCUACCGACCCGAAUGGAGCGCGCACCAUUAUCGGAAGCCACAUAUCGUUACGAUUGGGUACGUGGUGUUUGCGGUGGUUGUUGCGGGUGUGCUUUGGUGGUGGAUGGAGAGGGAGAAUAGGAGGAGGGAGACGGCGAUUCGGGAGAGUGAGGGUGAUGUAAAGGGGCCGUAUAGUGGAGUUGUUAGUGAGGAGGAGAGGAUUAGGCUUGGGGAUCGGGAUGUGCAUUGGAGAUAUACCACUUGA